AUGGGCAACCUCACCUUGGUCAACGGAAAAGAAGGAGGGUUUAGAGGGGUUUUGCUUCCUGAAAAUCCAAUACGUGUUUCUAGGUUGCACUCCAGUAACCAGAACCGGAGAAAGGAGGAGCAUGACGUCCUCAGCAAGCAGGGAUUCAAUUUCUGAACAGAAACCCAUGUGAAGCUCCCAGGACCAGCACUUGACAAGUCCAAUAUCCGUGAUUUCAGAACCACAUAUGACCAGAUGUACAAUGAUCUUCUCAGGAAAGACAAAGAACUCUAUAUGCAGAAUAGCAUUUUGCAUAUGUUGGACAGAAAUAAGAGAAUCAAGGCUCAGCCAGGAAGGUUCCAGAAUCGCAAGUACCUGUUUGACCUAAUCCUCGCUUGUGAAGAGAGAGUCUAUGACCAGGUGGUGGAAGAUCUGAACUCCAGGAAGCAGGAGACCUGCUGGACAGUGCACAGUGGUAAUGUGGACAUCCAGGACACCCAGAAAGAGGCCAUCCUGGGAGCCUUCCUCGUCUGUGAGCUCUGUCAGUGUAUCCAGCACACAAAGGACAUGGAGAAUGAGAUGGACAAGCUACUGCAGGAGUUCCAGGGAAAGAGCUGCUGGGCCUUCCUGCACACCAUCUGCUUCUACUCAGCUGAGCCUCCUUAA